AUGGCUCAGCAGAACUAUUCAGGGGCUGCCAUUUACCGGUGCAACCGCAACGAAGCAACAACGCCGUUUGAGUACCUCUACGCAUGCAACGGCCAACGCUCCUCUUGCAGGGCUUUCCUGAUCUUCACAGCCAAGUCUCCAUAUGCUACAGCUGCUGCCAUUGCGAACCUGAGCUCGUCGGACCAAGCUGAAGUUUCACGAAUCAACAACGUCACGACAUUCAAAGUCCUCCCAGAAGGACAAGAGGUCAUCAUCCCAGUUGAGUGCUCGUGUUCAGGUCAAAAAUAUCAAGCCACCACCACUUACCGGAUCCGAUCCUACGAGACCUACUUCAUAAUUGCAGACAAGACCUUCAAGGGAUUGUCCACCUGCGACGCGCUUAAGCAUGCAAAUACAUACCAGGAUACGAGUUUGUUACCUGGGCAAGUAUUGCGAGUUCCACUCAGGUGUGCAUGUCCAACAGCAGAACAAGCUGAUGCCGGGACAAAACUUUUGCUGACUUACCCGGUCGGCCAUGGUGAUACUCUUCUUGGCUUAAGCAAAAGAUUCAAUGUAAGUGUAGUGAGUAUAUAUGAGGCCAACCGUUUACUGGAUGAGUUUGCCAAGAUCCAGCCUUUCACAACCAUCCUCAUCCCUUUGCCAAGUGAACCGUCACAUUCCCAAGCUAUAAGCCGGAGGUAUAAUGCGACUACUUCACCACCUAUGCCUCCUCCCGUUGCUCUGAAUAGCCGAUCAAACAGGGCUCCUUUGAUUGUUGGCAUUGCUGCAGGAUCUUUUUUUCUGCUAAUAUUGCUGCUUCUAGUCCUUUUGUUUCUAUCUCAUAAGAAAAGAGCACAGGUUGUAGAGGGUAGAGGAGGAAAUGCAACUUCUCCACAAGACUUGAUUCUUGAAAUUGCAAGAUUUGAUCGAGCCCUCAAAGCAUACAAAUUCUCAGAAAUAAGGAAGGCUACAAGAAAUUUCAGGUCCAGGAGCAGGAUCAAAGACCACGAGUACCGGGGAACUUUCAAAAGAGAAGUUUUGGCUGUUAAAAAGAGUAGUGCGAAUGCAGAGCACGAGGUAAAGAUGCUGUAUAAGAUAAAUCACUUCAAUAUAGUAAGACUUUGUGGCUUCUGCCAAGAUAAAGAUGACUUGUACCUCGUGUACGAGUACAUGGCAAAUGGCUCCCUUCGGGAAUGGCUGAGCAGAAGAGGACCCCAGCAUAUGAAGAGCUGGAACCAACGCAUUCGUAUUGCACUUGAUGUUGCCAAUGGACUUCUCUAUCUCCACAACUUCGCAAACCCAGCUUACGUGCACAAUGAUGUAACAAGCAGCAAUGUUCUUCUUGACGGCAACCUGCGAGCAAAAAUUGCAAAUUUCAGUCUUGCAAGAGAAGCAAACUGCAGUGAUACAAAAAGGGUCAUGGGGACUAAAGGAUACAUGGCACCUGAGUGUCUUGAUGCCGGUCCAGUCACUUCCAAGGUCGAUGUAUACGCCUUUGGAGUAGUACUGCUGGAGCUGAUAACGGAUGAACUCCCAGUUUUUGAGCAGGAUGGCAGAGGAAGGCUUCUUUCAACAACAAUAACUGCUCUUAUGGAGACAUCGAAUGCAGAAACCGACCUAUGCCGUUUUGUUGCCUCUGGUCUCACUGAAAAUGGUGGGACAAAAUAUGCCAUCCAGGUGGUGAAGCUAAGCUUAAGCUGUUUGAUACAAGACCCUUCAGAUCGACCAGACAUGGUCGAGGUUGUCUCGAUUCUUCUGAAAAUGCAAUCUAUUAUACAUAAGCCACUCUAA